AUGACGACUGACGUCAUUUCCGGUUCCGCCGGGAAUGCUGGGAGCCUGUCCGUUAUCCAAUGGACGUUCAUCGUGCAGAUGGGCGUCAUCAGUGUGGUGGGAACUCUGGGAAACAUCCUGGUCAUCCUGUCCUUCUGCCGCUUCCAACAGGUGCGCUCGUCCAUGAACCUGUUCGUCCUGAACAUCGCCGUGAGCGACCUCCUCAUCACCGCCGUGCAGGCGCCGACCCGUCUGGCAGCGGUGGUGACCGGGCACCCGCCGGGCGGCGGCGGCUUCUGCGCCUUCCUCGGCUUCAUCGGCUUCCUCAACUGCUGCAUCUCCGUCCUCUCCUCGGCCCUCAUCGCCUUCAACCGCUACAUCCGCAUCUCCAAGUCGGCCAACACGUACAUAAAACUGUUCGGCCCGCUCAAGUCGUGUUUGUGGAUAGCAGGGUCUUGGGGGGUCUGUGCUUUGAUCAUCAUCCUCCCCGGUAUGCUUGGCGUGGGUCGGUUCGGGUGGGACGAGGUCAGAAGCCAGUGUGACCUCGACUCUAACCACCCCUACAGUAGAUACUACUUCUCGCUUGUCUUCGGGGGUGGGUACUGGAUCUCGGUGUCCAUAGUGGUCGUGUUUUACGUCAAGACCUAUCUCUUCGUGAAGAACUCCGUGGUGACCAUAGCUCGAAGUCGCACCCUGGGGAACAAGCGAGAGUACGUGUCUACAGAGAUGGUGCGCAGGACGAGGCACAUGUUCAUCAUCUUCUGUACGUCCACGGUCCUCCAGGCCCCAGCCGUAUUGCUGGAGAGUAUUGACUUCACGGCGUCCUUCAUACCGUUUGAGGUGAUUUUUGUGGGGAUCUUUCUGUUCGGGUCGUGCCACGCCAUCAAUCCCUUCAUGUACCCCUGGAAGGUCAGGGUCUUCCGGCGGGCAUUUAAAGCAUUGUUGCAGUGUAAGCGGGACCUGCCCUUUGUACCUGGGCAGUCCUCAUCACACGCAACCUAA